UCAGCGAGAAGGUCAAGACGUGAAAUAAUCUAUAAGUCGUUUUAUUUCUUUAAAACGUACUUAUUUUAAAGAGCCAAUGCACGAAAAUAAAUCGUUGUUCACUUCCGUAAUCAAGCUGUUAGUUCUAAAGAGAGCGUUUUUGUAGGUAAGGUUAUUCGAUUCAUACCGUGUACCUGCGCGUGCACGCGAGACAGCAGUUACAACUGCGCAUGACAAUUGCGUACUCGCGCGUGCAUUGGAGUUCCUGUCAGCGCUCAUAAUACAACGAGAAACAUAAAGUUGUCUACAAUUCGCUUCACUAUCAAGAUGUCUGGCGGUUUGUCUGACGUGCAGUUAUGCGAGGACUUCAGUAGUGAAAGUUUGCAACUCAACCAGCAUUUGGAGAAAAUGACUGAACAAAUGGAAGAUGUUUCAGUGAAGCUGUCUUGUAUGACCUACGAUAUGGUUGUGCUCCGCACCAGUCCAGAUCUUGCUGAAUCUUUCAAGAGCCUGGAGAAUGAGUUCCAGAAGUGCAAAGCGGUCCUCUGUGGUCUUACAGAUGGACAAGAAGUAAAAUGUCAUCCUGCUGAUGAAGAACAAGUGUCUCCCAAGACUAAUUAAAUGUAGACAUUCAUUGUAGAACAAAUGGUUUUGAUAUAGUUAUUUUUUUGCUUUAGUUUUUCAGUGCAGCCAUGUAGAUCUGUUAUUUUAAACAUUGUCUAUGCAUUCACACAAGUUAAUAAAAAUAUUUAAGCAUUA